GCGACAUUGCUAGUAUCUUACAGGACGCUAGCUCCAGUGGCGCGGCUAACUCAACGCCGUCGGCGAGCCAAAGCCAGAGAAAUCGUCAAAAAGACAGCCAUGCAUCGCCUGCACCGGCUCCUCCCGCGCGUCGCACUGGCAACCUCGCCGCUGCUGGCAGGAGGCCUCGCCACCAAGACGCCGGCCAGGAGCCAGUCCACCGCAACGCAAAAAACGCUGCGCGUGGCCGUCGUGCAGAUGCUCGUGGGCAGCGACAAAGCAACAAACCUCAAGAACGCCGAACGGCUAGUCAAUCAAGCCUGCGACGGCAACGCGGACGUCGUCGUCCUCCCAGAGAUCUGGAACUCGCCCUACGCCGUCGACCAGUUUCGAAAACACGCGGAGCCCAUUGGUCAUGAAUGCGGCCCGUCCGUUUCAUUGUUAAAGACGCUCGCGAAGGAGCGGAACGUCUGGAUCGUUGGUGGGAGCGUGCCCGAGCUUUCUGAUGAUAAGGUGUACAACACCUCUCCCAUUAUUAAUUCGGACGGUGUUCUCGUGGAGAAGCACCGCAAGGUGCACUUGUUCGAUAUCGAUGUCCCCGGAAAGAUCCGAUUCUUCGAGUCCGAGACGUUGACGGGCGGAGAUAGUGCCACAGUAACACCAUUAACUGAGGAGCAUGCGCUGGGCGUGGCCAUCUGCUACGACGUGCGCUUUCCCGAGUUGGCCAUCACGAUGCGCAAGAAGGGCGCUUCCAUAUUAGUGUAUCCCGGUGCGUUCAACACCGUCACGGGCCCGCCGCACUGGGAGUUGUUAGCUCGCGCGAGGGCUCUGGACGCGCAGGCCUUUGUUGUGUGUGCGUCGCCGGCGCGGAACCCGGAUUCCGCGUACCAGGCGUACGGCCACUCCGUCGUCGUCGACCCGUGGGGCGCGCCUCUGGAAAGGUGCGCGGGCCACGGCGAGGAGAUUUUGUUUGCGGACCUGGAUCUAACGAGGGUGGCGGAAGUCCGAAACUCCAUGAAGCUGCUGGACCAGCGGCGGCCCGACGUGUACGGCACGUUUAUUGAAGGGGUCGACUGGAAGGAGUAAUCAGUAACAAGUGUG